AUGGGGAUGGGGAAGGGGAGGUGUGGUUUGUGGGGUUUUAAGGUGGUGGGGGGGUUGUGGGGGGUUGUGGAAGGGGGGGGGGGGGUGGGUGUGAGUAUAGUGAGUAGGGGGGGGAGUUGGGGUAGUGGGUGUGGUGGGGGGGGGGUGGUGGUGGGGGUGGUUAUGGUGGUUGGGGGUUGGGUUAUGUGGUUUUUUGGGUUGGGGUGUGGGUUUUGGGGGGGGGGGUUGGUGUGUAGUGUGGUGUUGGUGGGUGGGGGGUUGGGGUGA